GGUUUAUCAAAAAAAACAUUACCUACAAAUGAACCUAUCAUUUGAAUAAACUUACAAUACUUCAUUCAAACUACAACUGUCGUUUCGCGCGGUAGCAAAGCGCGUGCGCACUUUCAUUCUAUAGCUCGCCAACUGUAUAUGUAAAUAUAUACAUAACUACCUACAAUAUAAUGGGUGGUAACUAUUCAGCUAUGGAUCCGAUGGAAGUGCCUGUACCAGAUUUAGAGAAAUUAUUAGAAAGAGACGGUUAUUUGAAGCCAUACGAAAGAGAAAUUAGAAGGAGAUAUGCUUGCUACAAAGACAUUUGGGACCGUAUCGAAUCAUGGGACGGUGGCUUAGAAGCAUUCACGAAGGGCUACAAAUACUACGGACCCCAAUUUAAUCAGGAUGGCUCCGUUACGUGGCGCGAGUGGGCUCCAGGAGCGCAUAGCCUACAUCUUCGAGGUGAAUUCAAUGGAUGGGACUCGAAGAGCCAUCCAUUCGCUAAAAAGGAGUACGGCAAAUGGGAGAUUCAAAUCCCCGCAAAUCCAGAUGGUUCGUGUGCAUUGAAACACGACUCCCGUGUCCAAAUCAUAGUGAACGACAACUUGUACAGGAUAUCACCGUGGGCCAGUUACGUGAAGCCACACGAGGGUUUUACUUAUCAACAUUUUAUUUAUAAGCCAGAACAGCCCUACAAAUUCAAGCAUCCAAAGGUAGACAAGCCAAAGUCUCUUCGCAUCUACGAGUGUCACGUUGGUAUAGCAACGUCCGAGGGUAAAGUGGGCUCUUACAACGAGUUCCGCGAGAACGUCCUGCCCAGAAUCAAGAAACAGGGUUACAAUGCUAUACAGAUCAUGGCCAUAAAGGAACAUGCAUAUUACGCUUCGUUCGGCUAUCAAGUUACCAGCUUUUUUGCUGCCAGCAGUCGUUACGGGACUCCUUGCGAACUAAAACAGCUGAUAGAUCGGGCACACGAGAUAGGUCUAUACGUUCUACUGGACGUGGUACAUUCGCACGCUUCGAAGAACACUCUAGACGGACUCAAUGAGUUUGACGGCACAAACGCUUGCUACUUCCACGACGGACCUAGGGGCACACACUCUUUGUGGGACAGCAGACUGUUCAAUUAUUCCGAGAUCGAGGUUUUGCGUUUCCUACUAUCAAACCUGCGAUGGUAUCAAGAAGAAUAUCGAUUCGAUGGCUUCAGGUUCGAUGGCGUGACGUCAAUGUUGUACCACAGUCGCGGUAUCGGUGAAGGGUUCUCUGGUCACUACGACGAAUAUUACGGACUGAAUGUAGACACCGAGGCCCUGAUCUACCUGAUGCUCGCCAACGACAUUGUGCACAGCAUCGAUAACAGGGUCAUCACUAUUGCUGAGGACGUAUCUGGUAUGCCAGCGUCUUGCCGGCCGGUUCGCGAGGGCGGCACCGGCUUCGACUACCGCCUCGGCAUGGCCAUCCCGGACAUGUGGAUCAAGCUUCUCAAGGAAGAGAAAGACGAAGACUGGAAGAUGGGUCACAUCGUGCACACCCUCACUAACCGACGUUGGAUGGAAGGGACUAUCGCCUACGCCGAAAGUCAUGAUCAAGCCUUAGUUGGCGAUAAAACAAUAGCGUUUUGGUUGAUGGACGCCGCGAUGUACACGCACAUGAGCACCCUCAGCGAGCCCAGCGCCGUGGUGGAGCGCGGCCUCGCCCUACACUGCAUGAUACGACUCAUCACGCAUGCGCUCGGCGGAGAGGGAUAUCUUAACUUUAUCGGCAAUGAGUUCGGUCAUCCCGAAUGGCUGGACUUCCCGCGAGCCGGUAACAACUCGUCUUACCACUACGCCAGACGUCAGUGGCACCUCGUGGACGACGAACUCCUCAAGUACAAGUUCCUCAACGAAUUCGACAGAGAUAUGAAUCAUUUGGAGGAAAAGUACGGCUGGUUGAGAUCUGAUCCUGGCUAUGUGUCAUGUAAGCACGAAGGAGACAAAGUGAUAGCUUUUGAACGUGCGGGCCUUGUUUUUGUCUUCAACUUUCACCCGUACCAGAGCUUUACAGAUUACAGGAUUGGUGUCAACGUGUCCGGCAAAUAUAAGGCUAUACUAUGUUCAGAUAGUAAGAAAUAUGGAGGUUUUGGUCGAGUAGAGCCUGACGGAGAGUUCCAUUCCACACAGCAAAUACCAUGGGGAAAUAGAAAUGAUUCAAUACAGGUUUACAUCCCUUGCCGUACUGCUAUUGUAUACGCACCAACCUAAUAGUCUUAUAGCAUUAUUAAUAUAUAUAUUUUUUAAAGUAAAUGUUCUGGCAAUCACCACGAUACUACCACU